UGUUAUGGUCCCAGGCCUGCGGCCUGUUCCCUUGGUUGUGGCUGAAGACGUGGCUGGUGGAUUAUAUCAGAGAAGCAAACAAACAUGGUAACACAGCAUUAGGGCAUUGGAGAGGAGAGUCGCUAUCUCGCGCACAAAAGGUGCCGGGAGAUUUCUUCUCUCUCUCUCUCUCUCUCUUCAGUUUAGAUUAAUGGAACUUGGUAAUCGCAGACCUUGCGCAUCCAGACCGUGUCAUCGACAUCACUUAAAUCUAUGGGUUGACCUAUAACCCUCCAGAAGACACCCCAUUAUCUCUAACAUCUCGCGCGGUUGUUCAACUGGUCUUACCGCUUAUAGAGAAACCUGGUCGCUUUAUUCUCUUUAUGGAUAACUUAUUUGCCAAUAUUCGGCUACUAUCAGUUCUUCGGAGACUCGGUAUCGGUGCAUGCGGUACGACCAGGGCAAACUAUAGUGAAUAUCUGCGGCAACAUGCUAUUAUUUCGAAGAAAGGAUGUACCUGGCCCUGGAACAAGCAGGAGACACUCUGCGUUCGAGAUGUUGCGUCACUCCUCUGGAAGGACAGAGUACUCGUACGCUUUCUAUACACUGUUUUCCCAUCAGAAUCUAGCGAUGCGGUACAUCGCCGGCGCCCUCGAGUCACUGGUACCAGGGAGGCUCGCGAGGUUGCAGAGAUAUGGGGGGAUGAACCAGAAGCAAUGAUUCAACAGCCGCUUGCCCCGAUCUAUUAUAACAGCUUUAUGGGCGGUGUUGACAUAGCAGACUAGAGGCGAUCAUACUACACAUCGCACGUUCGCGGGUCAAAGAACUGGCAGUCUUUGCUAUAUUUUCUUAUCGACACCGCAAUCACCAACGCAUUCCUCAUUGCCAAAGUCAAAUGGACAAGAUCGAGCCGCAAAUGCGUGCUAAAUCUUAAGGAUUUUCGCAACGAGCUAUCGUGGUGUCUUGUCAUCAAGGGAAUCUCAUUGAUUCAUGGGAAUAACUGGGCCAAAGACUUCUAAGAAGGUGUGUUACCGCAUACCAAAGGCCGCAAGCACCAGCGAGGGUCUAGAGGUUCUUAUGUAAAUGACAACGCCGUAUUCCCGAACGCCGGCGACAGCAGAAUGGAGAAUAGUACUAGUAUAUACUAAUUAGGUUUAGCGGGUUCUAAAUUAGGAUAAACGCAGUCACAACGCUCUUAGUGUUACGCCAUUAUGAAAUUGA